UUGAAUGAAUUAAUUUUAACCGACGACUCUCAAGCGUAUCUUCAGCGACAGCUUUUAAAACUGAAGAACUCGGACACAAGAAUUAUCCUACUUUAUGCUUCCACGAAAGAAGCUCGUCACAUCAUGACGGCUGCGGCUAACGUGUCCCUGACAAGUCCUCGCUACAUGUGGCUGGUCACCCAAGCAACCGUGGAGCGACUGGAGAGGAAGGCGUCAGCCGAGUUCCCAGAGGGAAUGAUUGGCAUCCAGUUCCUGGCAGACGCCACGGCCAUGUCCAUGAUGAUAAAAUCCGCCUCUCAGCUCUGGGUGAACGCCCUGAAGACGAUUGCCGAUGAAGGGGUUCCCAGAGAGAAGCUCAAUACCAUCAAGCCAAACAUGUCCUGCUCCACAUCGGCACCUCUCUACUGGAAGGACGGCAAAAACUUCUUCCAAUAUUUAAAAAAUGCCACCGUGCGGCCGGCAAGACGCGGUGACCCUGAGGUCAGCUUUGACGAGAAUGGUCUUCUGAAAUACACAAGCGUUAACAUCACAAACCUGAAAGCGGACAGAUAUUGGGCACCGAUCGGUACGUGGGACAAGGACGGGCUUAUCCUGAACGACAUCACUUGGCCUGGGGGUAGAAAAUCACCUCCUUCUGGCAAGCCUUCCAAAUACCACCUUCGUGUUAUGACCUUAGAGGAAGAACCGUACGUUACAUAUAAUGAGAUGGAGCCGGACGGAACGUGUGGCAAACGGAAAGCAUUCAAAUGUAGGACCUGGAUAAGACACGGAAAACCUGGGGAGGCUGACUACUACACCAACGGUACGAAGAUGAUGUGCUGUACGGGGCUGGCAAUGGACCUACUUGGAAUGCUGAACCGUUCCCUCGGUUUCGACUUCACUUUGUUUGACGUGGAGGAUGGGCUCUGGGGUGGAGAAAACAGGGAAACUAAAGAAUGGAAUGGCCUUGUGAAAGCAUUGAUGGACGACAAGGCUGACAUUGUAGUUACCUCUCUUAAAAUAACGCCUGAGCGGAACCAGAAGGUGGAGUUUUCGGUGCCGUAUCUGGAGACUGGAAUCACCAUCAUUGUUGGUAUCAGGGACGGUGCCAUUUCUGCCACAGCCUUUCUAGAGCCGUAUGACUUCCCAGCGUGGUGUUUAAUUCUAGUGUUUAGUGUUCAUGCCAUCGGAGCGUCUAUUUUCAUUUUUGAGUGGCUAAGCCCCCAAGGCCUCAAUCAAGGGAAAACAGCAAAGAGAGGCCUUGCUGACAAGCCCACCAGCGAGCACAAGUUCUCGUUGUUUCGCUCCUUCUGGCUUAUCUGGUCGAUGCUGUUCCAAGCCACAGUGACCGUGGACAACCCUCGCGGCGUCUCCAGCCGCUUCUUGGCGAACGUUUGGGCGCUGUUCGCAUUGGUCUUCCUGGCCAGUUACACAGCUAACCUCGCCGCCUUCAUGAUCACUAAGGAAGAGUACUGGGAUUUGAGCGGCAUUACCGACCUUAGGAUCAAGAAUCCGUAUGUGACAAAGCCCCCAUUCCGGUUCGCGACGGUUCCGUACGGAAGCACAGAGACUAAUCUCAUUAACAAUCAUUACGAGGUGUACCAGUACAUGAAGAAGUUCAACAAGAGCAGUGUCAACGAGGGUAUAGAAGCCGUCAAGACAAGUUCCAUUGACGCGUUCAUCUAUGACGCCACGGUGCUGGAAUACCGAGCUGGCAAGGACAAAGACUGUAAGCUGAGGACUGUUGGCGACUGGUACGCCCGCACCGGUUACGGCGUGGCCUUUCCCUAUGGCUCGAAGUGGAUCGACCCUAUCAAUCAAGUGAUCCUCCAGCUUCAGGCAGAUGGCGAACUUGAGCGGCUACAGCGGUUCUGGAUGGCGGGCGCCUGCUCCAAGACCAAGAAGAAAGGAGAAAAAAGUCAUAAACUGGGAAUACCGAACUUCACCAGCGCCUUUAUCCUACUUUUAGUCGGCAUGUUGCUGGGGGCCAUUCUCCUCACAAUGGAACACUCCUACUUUAAAUUCGGUCGUGGGUGUUUACGGAAAUGGGACAAGUGUGGCUGUUGUGGUUUGGUCAGCUUGAGUAUGGGAAAAUCUCUAACUUUUGAACAGUCAGUCAUGGAGGCCAUAGCUUUCCACAAAACUCACAAAUGUAAGGAUGCCAGGUGUGAGACACAGCUGUGGAAGGUUAGGCAUGAGUUGGAUCUAGCGCUCCUCAAGAUUGACCGUCUGCAGGAGACACUGGCAGACAGCGGCUUGAAAACAGAUAGACGUGCCGUGUGGAGACUGGAGAACGCCGACGGGGAAGGAAGGCGGCCUAAUCGGAGGCUUCAGCCUAACGGGAUGACGCGGCUUGAAGGGGAUCCCAGCCAAGUCGGGGAGUCCUCCCAGGCCCGGUCCCUAUCCUCCGCUGAGGACAUAGAAGGUAGCAGAGACUCGCCUCACAAGCUUGACUACACACCGGGCACGUGGCCCGUACGCCGUUCGCCCAGCUACACGUCAGCCAUGCUGGGCGCUGAGCGUAAUAAGUCCCCAACCAAGGUGCGUUACCAUAACGGUAACUAUUACGUGGAGGUGGACGAUAACAUGGAAAUGGAAACAGUCUUGUGACAGUAGGACAGGCAACUUCCGGAACCAAACGGGUGUGCGUCUGACGCAGUGGAUUACCAAGGACUAGUUUACCUGCACUCAAGACGUUAAACUGACACGGCCAUUAAUUCUUUCUCAUUGAAUACAUCGAAAUCAUCCUGGCCGUGCAAUAUACUGCCCAUCUCAUCCAAUCAUGUUGCUCAUACUAAACAAUUCUACAGGUUUGACCAAAGUGGCCACGCCUCACCAGAAGAGCUUCCAGGACCAACAAGCUGUGAUUUGUGUAUAUGUCAUAAGGCUUCCGACUUUUCUCACAUCAGACCCCCGAUUUCUUUUUGAUGACGAUGCCUGUGUCUGUUGUAGACUGUGGCAGGAGAAUGUGUAUGAUAAGCUGUUACGUCCAAUCUGUCACCAUCAUGACCCCAACACCAUGGAGCAAGUCUUCAGGGCAGUGGUUCUUCCAUCCUAUGAGGGAUAUAUACAUGCCAUCUUUUGUAAAUUACUUUAGGUAUCAUAUAUAGUAAUGGCGCUUGCCAGAUUGUGUACUCAUGCGCAGAGCCCUCGACACUUUAGUAUCACUGAACUUGCAGUCAUCAGUAGUUUUUGGCAAACGCCAGAAGUGUCAACAAAGUCUAAGCUAGAUACUAAUGCAAUUACACUUGUGCGUGAGAGUAAUUCAGCGCCACUGACGCAGGACAAGACAAAUACGGGCUCGUGCUGCAUUGUUUCUUGUCGUGCUGCUCACCAUCAGCUCUCAUGAUGUGACGUCGUGGCUGUGACAACACAGAACAGUUGCUUGACACUUGCCACUGUUGCUGUGACACUACGAAUGAGCACGGGACGCUUAGCUAUUGUGACAAGACUACGGCAACCCAAACUGCGUGACACUUGUGGCUGUGACAACGCUGAUAUGCGGGGCUUAACCAUUGUGACUGACGACAUGAACAACACGUAGUGCUUAGCAAUGAUAGCUGUGACCACACUGAUGACCAUGUGGAACUUAGCCAUUGUCGCUGUCACAAAAGUGUAACAGUCAUUGUUUUGAGUUAGAGCGCAGUACCGGUAGAUGGUGACACAGUAAUUGGUGUCCACGAUGCUUACUCAGCAGACGUGCUAACUACGUCUUUUGGUGUCACUUACAUGUACAUAGGGCAUAUAUGCCGAGCUUCAAACAUGAGAUUGUGAGGACAUCCACCAUCUAAAAUCGUUUUACCCGUACAGGUGUUCGCAUUCUCGGUCAUUCACACCAUGGACAGGGGCUAUGGGUGAGAGGCACGCUAUCAGGUGCAUGUUGGGCAUUCAAUUUCCAGUAGAGACGUUUUACAUGUACCUGUAUUAUUUUUCUCAGACAUAUACGCCAUGCAGACCUUGUAAUUUAGAAAUAAUGGACUGCAGUGGAUUUACCGUGUUAUCAUACAUGAUCUGAAAUGCGCUACCAGCGAUCAGUGUUCACCUUGAUGCUAACGGAGGUCCAGUGAACAAGCGCAGGGCUGUGUAUCAUGUGACGACUGGGGUAGAUAUGUAUGAUUGCGGCCAGGUUUGAUACAUACCAUCUUAAUAGAAAGUGAGCGUUUCCUUUCCUAAGUGAAUAAGCCUUCGGAUUAAGUAAUAGACCUAUUCGUUGGUCAUUAAAUAUUACAGUUUCCAGAAUUAUUUCCUGGUUAGAAAUAUUGUUUUUUUAUCAACUAUAAGGACAGUUUCUUAUAUAGUCAGGAGGUAUGUUCAUCAUAAUUGCAUGAAUGGAUGCGGAAAAUCUGAAUUGAUUGGAAUGAUCUGUGUAGACUAGAUUCUGUAUUGCUCAUACACUAAGGCCAGCUGUACCAUUCGAAUGGAAUUGAUAAUAUUCAGUAACUUAUCUCAAUAACGUUGUAAAAAUAACAUUUGAGAUAUUUGGUCAUUGUGUAUGUAAGGGGAGAGUUUGUGAUUCAGCAAGUAUUUUCAUUCUCAGAUAAUAUUGUCUUGCUGUUAUACUGUAAAUAAGUUAGAUGCAUACAGACAUUAUUUGGCACCGUGCAAAUUAGCUCCCAGUCGCACUCAAGGCGUUUUUGGUGGCCGCUUAAAGUACCUCCAUUCAGUUUGUAUUUGUAACCCUUCAAACUAGCUCUCUGCCGCGUUCCUUCUGUGUUUGGCACCGUUCAAACUAGCUCUCCGCUGCGUUCAGUCUGUAUUUGGCACCGUUCAAACUAGCUCUCUGCCGCGUUCAUUCUGUAUUUGGCACCGUUCAAACUAGCUCUCUGUCGCCUUCAGUCUGUGUUUGGCACCGUUCAAACUAGCUCUCUGUCGCCUUCAGUCUGUAUUUGGCACAGUUCAAACUAGCUCUCUGCCGCGUUCAGUCUGUAUUUGGCACAGUUCAAACUAGCCCUCUGCCGCGUUCCUUCUGUAUUUGGCGCAGUUCAAACUAGCUCUCUGCCGCCUUCAGUCUGUAUUUGGCACAGUUCAAACUAUCUCACUGUCGCGUUCAUUCUGUAUUUGGCACCCUUCAAACUAGCUCUUUGUCGCAUUCAGUCUGUAUUUGGCACCCUUCAAACUAGCUCUCCGCCACGCUCAGCCUGUAUUUGGCACCAUUCACACUAGGUCUUUGUCGCGUUCAUCUUGUAUUUGGCACCGUUCUAACUAGCUCUCCGCUGAGUUCAGUUUGUAUUUGGCAGUAUCUGUGUACACUCAAUCAGUAUGCUUUUAAUGAGACAUGGAUCUGGCUUGACUGACGCCAAAUACUGGCUAGACGUGCCAAGCAGUCAUUUCAGUCCAUACUUAAUACUGCUUUUAUGCCACAAUAAGUUAGCAUGAUACUGUGACCACAGACAAGCUUUACCACCCCAGCUUACUGUUCUUCAGUCACCGAGGACCAGUUUAAAAAUGUAAAAUACCAUGGUUUCAGGAUUCGUGAAGAUUGGGCAGGCGAAAGAUAGGAUGUUUUGUAGUCGCAUCAAGGAAGCAACAGAAGGUCAGUUUGACCCAAGUAAAAGACUGUAACCAUAAGCUGGUUUGAUUACACUGUGAUCAUCUGGGCCACGUGCAGAAUAUAGCAUUAUCUAUGGUAUAGUGUGUUAUGUUGAUUUAGACAAGCCCCCUUCUGUUCCACCACGCCGUUCUCGCUGAAACGGGUUGUAUAUGUUAUGAUAUACACAUUACACUUGGCUGUUUACAGGGAAUCAAAAAAAAAAAGAAUACUCCAGUACCCUUCAUAUUGACACAGUUUAGGGAUUCCUUCGACCUGUGACUUAGACAGCGGAAGGGCUCGACACUGGACUUAUACACAGAGAGUAUAAAGUUCUCGCCUCCGGACUUGUCAUAGAGACAGCGUGUAACGCUUGUUUCUGCACUAGUCACGGAGAAGGCUCAUAGUGCUCGCCUCUGGACGCAGUCAGUGUAAAGCGAUCCCCUCUGGACACAGAGACAGCAUGUUCUCGCCGCUGGACGUCACGGAGACAGCAUGAAGCGCUCGCCUUUGGACUUGUGAUGCAGACGGCGUGAAACGCUCUCUUUCGAACUUGAGACGCAGAAGUAAAACGCUCCCUUCUGGGCUUGCGAAGACGACUUGUAACUCGUGAAAUUUGGUUUGUGUUGGACAGAAAUAAGAUGUCCAGUUUGGGGAAUGGCGGUUUAAUGCUGUGUCAAAAACUGUAUACUUUUUGCCAUAUGACUAAACCUUUAACUCUGACCAUAUAUUUGGCUGCUGUGUGUGUGUAUGAGUCAGAACAACUACAUGUAGACUUCUCUGUCCAGUGUCAGUACAGGAUAUGUAUAUAUGUCCAAGUGACCAUCUACCAUAAUUAUACUAAAUUAAACUUUCUAUUCCCUCCCUGUUUUUGAUUCACUUAUUGAAACUUUUGACAUUUACAAGUAUAUCAUGAUAAAUAUGCCAUUUUCUUUGUUUGCUUGUCGUUAAGAACAAUUACCUGUACAUUGUGCUCUCUCAGCUCAUGAAAGUUAUAUGGUUUUAUGUUACUUUGAUUUACUCGCUGAAAUGGGGCAUUUUUAUUUAUUAUUUGAUUUCAUGUCUUGCCGUUUUGACGCCAUUUUCAAGCAAUAAAACGAGUAACAACAGAU